AUGCCUUCAGUCCUGAAGAUCAGUGGCUGGGGCGAUGGAGCACAUGUACAAUGUGCCUCUCCAACAGACCCUGAAGGUGCUGGUCCUGACUAUCAACGGCAGCCACCAGUCUGUUCAUGGAAGCAGCUAGACACUUGCAUGGCUCACUGCACUGCUGCAGCUCUGGACAGUGAAGGCCAUGCAUCUCAGGAGAAAUGUCUUCAGGAGAACAUUUACAUCGGGGUCUUUGGACAGUCAGGGGCUGGGAAAAUCUCACUCGUGAAUGCAGUUUUGGAGGAGCAGUUUCUGUUGCCCACAUCAUCGUCGGGAGCCUGCACAUCAACCAUAAUAAAAGUGCAAUCUUACAGCAGUCGCAAAUUUAAAGCGGAGAUUGAAUUCCUCAGCAAUCUGGAGUUACCUGUUGUUCUUGCAUUCCACCAUUACGUCGAGGAAGAGGAGUCAAUUAUUGUUCUCUUCUUCUUUUUUGACUGGAAUGAUGAAUCGAAGCUUCUUGUUGAGCUUUAUGAGAAGGAGGACAAUGAUGAUGAAGAUGAUAAGGAGGUUGAAAAGGCAAAGGACAAACUGCAAACUGUUUAUGGAGAUGGUGGACCAGAGAAAAGCUAUGAGGAGCUAGUAAAGAUGAACAUUUAUCAAGAUAUCCCCAAAAGUGGCAAAAUGACUUUUUCUGAGGACACUGCACAAGAGUUAUCCACGAAGUUAGACUCUUAUAUUCGGAGCAGAUCCUUUCAAAAAUACAAAAUAUACUGGCCACUUGUGAAAUCAGUCUCUAUUUAUAUCCCCAAGUGUCAAAUACUGCCUGAUGGAGUAGUUCUUGUUGACUUUCCAGGAUCAGGUGACACAGCAGAUGCUAUGUGGUAACAAGGUCUGGUUAACUGUUCAUCUGACUGGAUUGUGUCAGUGAUUUCUAGGGCUGUUGAUGAAAAAAUAGCGCAUGAGAUUUUUGGUGCAUCUAUAAAAUGUGCUAUAAAUGGAGGAAGAUGUCAUGACGUUGCUUUCAUCUGUACAAAGACAGAUGAUAUAGAGUGGCAAGAAUAUGCAAGAGAACAGCAUUUAACUAAUGAAGACAUGAACUUAACUGAUGAUGACCAGCUGCUGGAAAAUAACAUAAAGCAGAAACGAUACUGCAUAAGACAUCACAAUGAACAAGUAAAGAAGAUCAUGGGGAAACAAAAUGAAGCGAAGUGGGCUAAGCAGAUGUCAAAAGGAUCUACACAGUUGGAGUUUUAAAAAGAUGACCUGCAUGUCUACACUCUGAGCUCAAAACAAUAUUGGAAGUCAAAUAGUGAAACAUCAAGCCGUAUUGCUGCAGAAACAGAUACUUUCUUAGUGAAUAUGAUUGAUACUCAGAGCUACAAACUGGAUGUUAUCAUUCCUUUCAGCAAAGCUUUCAGCUGUACACACUCAUCUUUCAGCUUCACCAUUGACUUGAGGAAUCCUAGUAAGCUGUCUGCUCGGCGAACAACAGGAUCCACCCUCUCCUUUUCUGUCAGGGUCUCAUGUGCUGACCACUUCCUGAUGGACUUAUGGUCAAAGGUGGUUUUCUUUGCAAAUUUCUCUACGAAGGACGGGCGGUACGAAACGGUCCAACUACUUGGAAUGUUCUGCGACAGCAAGCCAGGUGUGAAAAAUUACCAAGGUUUCCACAGAACACUGAAGGCAAUAUGUAGGAAUUAUGGGGUAUACAACUCAGCCAAGUUUGGGCCAAUCAACAUUAACUAUGAUCUGUCAAAGCCCCUCUACCAGAAGAUUGAUCAAUUUUCUGAAAGAAUCUUACAUUGGUUUCCUCUCAACAGUAGAAAAAAGGAAGAGAAACAUGUUCAUGCGAAUGUUUUGUUAUUGAUAUUGCUCAAUGCAUUAUUAAAUGACCUGACGAGACAGAUAAUUGACAGGAAGCAGCAUAUUUAUAGUCCACCUAUCUUGUCUGUUCAACGUUCAAUGAAACCAGCGUACGAAGAAGCUGCACAAAAGAAAGGUGUUGGAAUUGUGCCUUUCAUGCAGAGAAUAUUAACUGAGCAUGUUGAACAACUGAAAAGUAAGCUUUUCAAAGAUUCAGGAGCCAGUGUGAUGGAACAAUUCAACAACAUGAAGGAGAAAUUGAAGGAGGAAAUCAGUGAAAGAAUGAACAUCAUCUUGAACCUAGGCUUCUCCCAAUGGCCUGGGCAUAAUCCUUUAUUAGAUUUUCAAAAGGAGUUCAAAAGGAUAAAUCCAAUCUGGGAUGAAGUGAAAGACUUAAACACUGAUUAA